UUCAGUGGUUCAACUCCUUCCAUUUUAUAAGGGAGAUCUAGCAAUCAGUCGAAACAUAUUCAUCCAGUGGCGUUUAAACAAAUAUCCACUUUUGUAGGUUUUGGUCGAUAUAUUUGUUACUGGUAGAGGGUCAACAGCGUCUCUUCUAAUCAACUGAUUUUCUGCAUUUGUAAAAUCAAGGUAGCCGUUGAGGUCAAAGAAAUGGAAAUUUGUCAACUUAGACACUAUGUUUUCUUCUGCGUCUUGGUCAAUCAAGCCAAUGCAGCUCAGGUUUGCAGAGAAGACCAACAUGCAGUAGAACUACCAGAUGGUAAUAUCGCUUGUACAGAUUGCAUCAAAUGCCCCCCAGGAUCUGAGGUUACAAUCCCUUGCGGAACUAGGAGGACCAUCGGCACCCAAGUUGAGUGUGAGGAGUGUGCCUCUGACUACUACUCUGAUUCCUACUCGUCUGAGAGUUGUAAACCCUGUUCAACCUGUAGUCCAGAUGAAGUAACUAUAAAGCGAUGCACUAAAAUCUCAAACACUCACUGUAGUUGCAAGCCAUGCCCAGAUGGGUAUUACCAGAACCAAACUUUGUCCAAAUGCCUCCCUUGCUCAGGAUGUUGUUUGGGUGAUUUGGACGUAGUUGUCCCACAAUGUCUCAUGCAAGGGAUGCCUCGAACACAAUCGUGCAGCUACCACAAGAGAAAACCCUGUUUAGCAAAGUGUUGGUAUGAUGAGAUCACAAUUGUAAAGCAUGAUGGCAAACAGAUCUGUUUACCCUGUCCUGUUUGUUCAGACGAAUUUGGCCUCACCAAACCAUGUGGAAGUGUUGUAACUGAUGGUGCGAUACCUAAGUGUGAACUUCCGAUCUUAGGAGAAACCUUCGUCGAUCAGCAGGGUGUUCUACAGUCUUGCAAAAUUUGUUCGAUUGGUCAGAAGGUUUUAGCCAACUGUUCCACCAAAUCAAAUACCAUUUGUGGUGAGUGCAUGCCAGGGUUUUAUCUGAACGACCACUCAAAAACUUGUGAACAGUGCUUCUGGUGUUGUGGUUUUAGCGACAGUCGAAGUAUCGUGAACUGUAUAAAGGAAGGAAUGGCGUCUUCAGAGAACUCUCAGGGGCUCGCUAUUAAGCCUCAUAUUCCAUCUUUGGGCUUAAAUGAACAGUUUGGGCAGCUGCAAACUGUAGAACAAGAAAACUAUGAAGUGAACUCAAUCGAACUUGACAAGGUGACAACAUUGAUUGUAUUGAGCAUAUGCUUCUUUCUGAUUUGGGUUGCCAUUUCAGUACCAUUAUCGGAGGGCAACUAUCAGUAUCCAUUUCCAAAUGAAGAAAACAAUUGUGAGCUAAUGGAAAAGAAGGACUGUGCUGAAAUUACAGAAACUUCUUCACUUGCAGGUAGUAAGGAGGCAGAGUUGGAGUGUCCAAAACAACAUAGCCCAGGUCAUAUGGUAUUUGAAAAGACAGGAGUUGAGGUUGUUUCUCUUGAUAACAACAGGUCUACUCUUCAACACUUGCCACGUGAUUUGGUACUGCAUGCCACACCAGAAGGGCUGGAUUUACCUGGAUUACUUGAGGAUGAUGAAUUUCCACUAAGUCCAGCAUUUAUUUUUAUUUCAAGGAACCAGUUGUUGGAACCCCUUGAGCUUCAGAUACCUCAUGGUGCAAACAUGGUGCUUUCUUCAAAUAAGUGGAAAAUCAUUUUGAAGGAGUUGAAAAAUGAUGAAUGGGUAGUAAGUUAUGUGGAGGGUAGUAAGUCAUGUGGAAUAAAAGAAUUCCUCCCCAAAAGCAACCAUGUUAGCUUUAAAACAAAUUAUUUUGCAACAUUUGCAGUGGUUGGACACUGUGAAGAGCGAUCUUUACCAGUAUUCAAGAGAAUGAAGGUCAUGGCAUUUUGUAGUGACACCAGAGUUGGAGAAGACCUUGUUGUGAGAUUGUACUGUUUUGAUGACUGCGAGUGGUCAUUUGAGAAUGUUAUGAGGGAGGAGAAAAAGGAAGGAGGAAAGCCCAUGUCAUCAGUUGAAUCUCUUGAUUUUUCUGUAAUUCAUGGAGAGGAUGUAGAAAUUGGUGUGAAGGAUAUUGAUGGCUGGAAGCUAAAGAGUGGUCACCAAAUGAAAAUCAGCUAUGCAUCACUGAAGAACUCUUUCAGUACAACUCCCAGAUGCAAUCUGGUAUUUAGCUCAGCAUCCAUGGAAAAGAAAAGCAGCUUCUUUGCUACUAUUAUUUUGACUCAGGCAUCCAAUCAAACUUUGAUGUAUGCAAGCACUGCUAUUAAGGAGGAUCCAAGCUGGUAUACGAAUCAGAGCUCGAUUGCAAAUGCCAUGAAUGGAAAUCAAGUCACAAGUAUCGCAGAUAUCACUGUUGUAAAGAGUGGAAAGGGAAAAGAGAAAGAAAUUUCUGACUGCAUCAUUCAGUUGCCAGCUUUAUACUCAACCUGAACUCAACCUGAACUCAACCUGAACUCAACCUGAACUCAACCUGAACUCAACCUGAACUCAACCUGAACUCAACCUGAUAAUCAUCAGAGAUGAGGUUCCAUUGAGUGAACUUCAGCGUCCAUAGACUAGAGGCAUUAUACUGUGUAUAUUUCCUUUUGUUUUAAUUUAAUCGAUUGAGUAAGACAAAAAACCAAGAUAGAGAUCGAAUCUUUCUGACAUAUUUCACAAAAAUUUUCAAAAAGGUAAGUAAAAAGUUCACAGAUAAUUUGGUACGUUAAGGGAUCUUAACAUCUGAAAUUCUCUCACCCCUAGAUGAAACUCUUUGCCAGGUAUUAAUUCAUAUUACUUCGUUAGUAGUAGUUUAUCUUAAAAAGUGUUCAGGAUAAGGCGUUUGAAGUCCUGAAUAGAGGAUAUCAGAGGUUGUACAUCUUAAGCUAAUAAAUUUUUAAGUAAUAUGUACAAAGCAGGAGUUAUUGCCUGGUUAUUAAUGUGUAUAACGACAGAGUGUUGUUUCCUGUGAAAAACUAGUUGUGAUGAAACAUUGUGUCGAGUAGUGAACAACCAAUUUUUAAAAUGUAUUCAAUCACACAUUAAGUCAUUUACUCUCUGUCUUUCUGUGUAACUGUAGACGUUUCAACACUAAACGUUUGGCAGCUUCUUGAUUUUCUCGUGAUUGCUGCAAGAUACGUAUGAAAAUGUCUAAAAUAUUCCCUUUUCUGGGUAUCAUCAUUAGCAAGUGAUCGAUGCCAUCUGAUGGACGUGGAAAACUUCGCAGAAGUGCCUUAUCAUCGGCCGUCAAGAUAUUGUAUUGAUAAAGAUAGGCACAUAACGAUGUAAAGUCCCCAAUAUUGGCAAUAAGAUCUACGUGACAGCUUUGAAGGGCGUCUCGGUCCAGUUUUGGCAUACCAGUAACUUUGAAAUGAGAAAUGAAAAGGAUCAGUGAACAAUUUUUUUUAAAUAAACACAACUAUCCUGCCAUCUAUUUUUCUUUCUUUCUUU